AGUCAUAGAGCAUUUCUUGAAAGCAUGUUUUUUUGUUAAUUUUUGUAACUUGGUGUCCCCGAGUGUUGUUGCAAGUGCAUUCUGCAGUGAGGUAGUGUUGCAAGAGCACGACAACCACGCCAGGUGAUAAUUGUGCAGUGUAGGCCGGGCUGACUCCUCUUAUUGCUCGUUUUUGUGAGUAAGUCUUCCAGCACGAGGGAGGCCGCUAAGCUCUUAUGGCGUCUAUAAAGGAAGAGGUGGAUGGUGAUUUGCUGGCACUACAAUGGAUGGAACACUCACAGAUCUUCUGCCGGGCCAUUGGAAGCUUGCGUGGAAAGAGUGGUUACACGGAUGCAACCUUAGCAUGUGAAGGACAAUUUUAUCCAGUGCACAAAUUUGUACUAUCAACUUGCAGUGAUUAUUUCAAUGCUAUUUUUGAGUGGACUCCUUGUUUGAAUCCUGUUGUGGUUCUCAACAAUGUUUCCUGCAAGGAACUUGAGGCUAUUCUGGAUUUCAUGUAUAUUGGAGAAGUCAAUGUGUUGGAAACACAGAUUCAGGGUAUCAUUCAUGCUGCAGAGUGCCUCAGGAUUCGAGGACUAUCGAUGGUUGAUGAUGAUAAUAUUGGAACACGGUUAUCGGUGAAACCUACAGAUUUGAAUGGACCUGCCAAAAAGAGGAAACGAACAGCUGUUCGUAAGAGAUUGCCAACAAUUUCCCAGAAGCACCUUUCUCCUCCAACACACCCUCCUGAUAAUUCUAAUCCUCAUGUACCAUCUCCUCAUCCUAUAAAAUCAGAAUCUGAGUUAACUACAGAGAUAAAUUUACCCCUAGCUGUUGAUACACCCAAUGAUAUCUCCCAGUCUCACCAUUUUCAACAUUUUUCCCCAAAAUCUGAGCCCCAGACUUCCCCAGUUACAAACAGUUCGCUCUCACCAGUGCCACCUCACACUUUGCAACGGCUGGACACCUUGCCGCAUACCCAGUUGAGCUUAACCCUAAAUAAUCAUCAGCCUUCUCCCACACCACAGUAUCAGAGCCCUUCAGAUCUGCCAUCUCAUGAACACACUCAGGAAGUGAAAAUGUCCCCAUCCCUGACACCCGUUGACAAAGUUAUUCAAGAAGUAAAAUAUAUCGGUGCAAAUAGAUCACAGAUACUUGAAGCACAUCCUGAGGAUGGAUCAGUGGAAAUUCCUGACCUUUUGGACAGCCUCGUGAACCUCCGACCAUCGUAUGAUGGCAAGACGGCACAAGAAGAGACUGUAACACUUCACCCUGUGGACACAAGCGAGAAUCUGUACGCAUUUCCAGGGGAAUUUGCUGAGACUUCUACUUCCUCCCAGUCAGAUGCUCAGUAUUCAAGGGUCCCAACAAAUAUCACCGAGGUAAAAAUUGACCACAUCUCCUCUGAGCCUAUAGAACAAUAUAAAUGCCACUUCUGUAAGCGCUCAUAUCAGAGGAAAGAGAACUUAGACCGACACAUUCACACUCAUACCAAUGAGCCACACAAAUGUGAACAAUGUGAUUAUUUCUGUGAGACCUAUAAAGCAUUGCUUGAACACAAGAAAGAAGAGCAUGCAGUGAUUCAUAAAUGUCAUCUUUGUGGUUUUACCAGUCAUCGGCCCGAUUGUAUGAAGCGUCACAUCCAAACUCAUUCUACUGAGACACCUCAUAAAUGUCCGCAUUGUGGCUUUAAGGCAAAGCGUAUUGGCUAUCUUCACAAACAUAUUAAAAAUGCUCACCCAGAGAAAGUUUUGUCGACUUUGUAAAUACAGAAUAGGUGAGUUUAUAGGGAGUUAGUGUUUUGGAUUAUUCUUGUACUCUAGCCUUUUUCUAGCCUAAAUCUUCCACAAUACAAGUAGAAUUUAUGAUCUUAAAAUCACAUAGGCACUUAAUGACACCGAUAGUCUUUAGGAUAGUAACAUGUUCCUUUUAGUACUUACCCUUAAUCUUAAUUAUUUAAAAGAUUUUUUUUUGCUGUUUAAUAUGUAAACCAUUCCCUGCAAAAGUGAAACAGUACCCCAUAACUAAAUGUACAGCAUGCAUUGUAUAGUUUUAGUAUCUCUUGUAUUUUCAGAGCUCCACAUAAAAUAACUUAUGACUUGAGAGAUUUGGAGAAUUUCUUGUUUAUGCUACUUCUUCAUUAUAUCAUUUGCUACUGUGGACUCCGUAUUAAACGGUAACAAAGGGGGUCUGCAUUAUCAGUGUAAGUGAUAUGAUUGGUUAUCAUAUUUAUUUCCUCUUAUUUCAGAGGAUAAUGUAAUACACCCUUAGAAUAAUGGCAUCUAUUGUUCUGUUGUCUGAUAUAUGGACUUUACAUUGGUAGCUCCAAGUUAUUGAUUAACAAGACCAAAGGGAUUAGGCUAGUAAAGUACAAAAGUCAUUUUUUGUUAGUUGUUAAGACUGAAUAUGAGGAAAUGUUGUAAGUGGCUGUUGAUUGUCAUGUACUCAGGUGGCUUAAGAAUUCUAUAAUUCUGUGAAACAGUUAUUAAGAUUAAAAAUAUAUUAAAAUGAUAUUUACUGCAUGUUUGGUUUCAGCGGGAGCAAGGGUCUAGUAACCCUUUCUCCUGUAUACACUACUAAAGUUUUUCAUUUUGGGUCACCCUGCUUCGGUGGGAUAUGGCUGGUUUGUUAAAAGAAGAAGUUUGGUUUCGGACCAUUCUGAAUACAGAGCCAUUUCUGUAGCACCAGCCAAUGCCUUGAUAAAGGAUUCUUAAGUUAAGAGUUUGGUUAGUAAGAAUUUGAAUAUUCAUAGCCAAGUGGUAAUUGAAAUAGCUUUUCUCAAAGCCUAUGGGAUAUGCAUGUGAUGUGUUUUGAUGUGCAAGUAUUGGGAUCUUGCAGUGGCAUUGAUCUGUUAAAUAGGGAUGAAAAAGCUUAUGUGAACACUAAUCACUAAUCUGUCUUUCCUUUUGGAAAUAUAUGGAUCCAUACAUAUCAAUGUUCUUUUAGUUUUCACUGACAGCAUUUUACUAUAGUGUUUUAAUUCUGUGAUGCCAAACAUGUUAUGUUCAUUACAUUUUCUAUGCUUAGUUAACACUACAAAGUUUAUUCUUGCUGAUUUCUGAUAAAAAUUAUUUAGAAGUGUAUGUCUAUCUUAGAUUGUCAGUACUGCCCUUUACAAGGUCAAAAGCCACAAGUGUUGAGCACUGUCACUUUACAGUCUUUCAAAAUAGACUAUAAGCAUUAAAUAUUUCAUAUUCAGGGACAUGAACUUAAUAUUUGUCUUUUGUGCCAUCCAUUCAAAUUCAGGUACUGUAUAUACUGUACACCAAUGCCUCAACUUUUGUAGGAGACGGUACAUAACACAGUACCUUGAUUAUGCUAUUUUUUUCAGUAAAAUAAUACUGUCAUUAAAAAAGUUGUACUAUACUUCAAAAAAAUGCCUGGUGUAAUCUUGUCAUAAAUGCAGGUCUCAGACAUAGACUGAUGAACCCUAGUUGUUGCCUGUAGGUAAUGGCUGUGAGGAAAGAAGAAACUGUUCUUAUUUCUUUUCUAAUGCUCUCUACACCCAGUUAAAUUUUGCACACUUGUUCUGCUUCAUCGAGUUUAGAGGUAGAAUGCAGGAGCCAGGACUCGACCCUCUCAUAAGAACAUAAGAAUGAACACUGCAGAAGGCCUACUGGCCCAUACAAGUUAGGUCUUUAUCAAAACUACCACUACCCAAAGCUACCCAAGAAGUUACUCCCGUACCCACACACCAAUCAGACCCAACCCUUCCCACUCAUGUAUAUGUCCAGUCUCUUUUUGAAGCUACCCAAGGUCCUAGCCUCUAUCACCCUACUUGGAAAAUUGUUCCAUGCAUCCACAACUAUUCGAAAACCAGUACACCUACCAUCCGACUUACGACCGAGUUUGGUUCCGAGAAACCGGUCGUAAGUCGAAAUGGACGUAAGUCGAACUUUACUACUGAAUAUCAAUAUCACAUUUUUGUAAUGACUUUAUUUUAUUGUUUUAUUUUGAUAUUUCAUGUUUUACUUUACUUUUUAUGCUGUUAGUACUGUAUGUAUUUUAUACUGUAAGGUUUAGGAUAAACACUGUGUACAACACAAUUGUUUAUUUCCCAGAAAUUUGGCAUAAAAAACACGGUCGUAAGUCGAGUGGUCGUAAGUCGAGCAGGUCGUAAGUUGGAUGGUAGGUGUACUUACCUAUUUUUUUUUUUCUCAACAAGUCGGCCAUCUCCCACCUAGGCAGGGUGACCCAAAAAGAAAGAAAAAAUCCCCAAAACAAAAAUACUCUCAUCAUCAUUCAACACUUUCACUUCACUCGUACAUAGUCACUGUUUUUGCAGAGGCGCCCAGAUACAACAGUUUAGAAACAUAAAAAGAUACAAUAUAAAAAGUGACAUGAAAUAAUAUAAUAAACUCCAUAUAGAAUUGAAUAUCAGGACCCCAAUUAUAUACAUAUAUACCAUCCUAUUACACAUCUCUCCAAACUGCCAAUAUCCCAAACCCCUCCUUUAAAGUGCAGGCAUUGUACUUCCCAUUUCCAGAACUCAAGUCCGGCUAUAUAAAAAUAACCGGUUUCCCUGAAUCCCUUCACUAAAUAUUACCCAGCUCACACUCCAACAGCUUGUCAGGUCCCAAAAACCAUUUGUCUCUAUUCAAUCCUAUCUAACAUGCUCAUGCAUGCUUGCUGGAAGUUCUCUACAUAUUAUUCAAACCACUCAUUGCUCUCAAACAUAACAUCUCUACAGCCUCUAGCCUCCUUUUUUGCUGCAUUGUCUAAAGUCCUCACACCCAUGUAAGUGUUGUUGCCUUCAGAUAAGCUUCCUUCCACAGCUGCAUCAACACUCUAGCUCCCUUUUCCUCCUUGUUUAUUUUAGGGUUCACUGGUGAGUGGCUCUUGAUUCUAGGAAUUGGACUUAUCCUCCCCUUUUGGAUCAAAUCUGAUGCCUCCCAUCUGCCGUCAAGUUGACUCCCAAUAAUCCUUCCCUUCAAUCUGAUAUUCCAUCUUUCAUUAUCCAGAUUUUGAUACUCUCAUCACCGUAUUCAUUUCUAUAUUUAUUUAUAAUUUUCUUUUACAUACACUCCAAAACUAAAAACCCAUUCUUUGCAACUGUUUUUAAAGAACCUCCCUAAAGAAUUGCAUUAUUGGCAUUGAGCAACUGUAGCAACUAACACUUCAUACAAGAUUCACUGUCUUUCAGUCCUAUACUUCUCCCCGAAGACUUAGCAUUUACUUCAUAUAGAACCCCCAUGUGUGUAUUAUGUAUCUUUGUUUCUGUCUCCUAUCUUCUUCCUUCCCUGUUGAAUGUCCUUUCAAGGGAGGUAUCUGGAUCUAGGUGAGGGCUCUUUGAUAUAUAGAAUUGAAGCUACUUUUUACUUCCUUGAACCAAAACUGAUUACCUCUCAUAUAUGAAGAAGAAAGACAGGUUGCAGUACAAGCUUUUAUAGGGACAGUGUUUGACACAGAAUAGAACAUUUGACAUGGUUCUUAAUAGGUGGAGCAUUAAUAUAGCUCUUCAUGGUGGAAUAGCAAUAUAGCUUUCUAUAGAGUGAAAUAUUGUUUUACUAAAAGCGUGUUUUGUAAGUUGCCUUUUCUGUAAAUGUGUUGGCAGUUCAUCAUUUGGAUCUACCCUCCCAUUUUCUAGGCACUGAGAGGCCCCCAUACAGGUUUAGUGUUUGUCAAUGGUCCAGGAAGGACCCAAAAUCUUUUAAAAGUUUCUUCAUCCAACUGCAAGUUAGUUGUGAAUGGAGACAAGUGUGUACAUGCAACCCAUCCUCUUAACUCCCAUAAGCAUCUGUGUGGAUAUCUCAUAUAAGGUUUGUGGCAAAUUUCUUGGUUAGAUUAGCUUAAGUUGUCCUCCAUAACAAAUUAUAACACCACAAAGACAAAGAUACAAUAUAGGAUAAGAGCAACAAAACUUCUACCAUGCGAACGAAAAACAGGCACUUUCUGAGCAUGGGAGACAUAACUGUUAGAUUUUCACUGGUUAAGGUGCCUUCAUCAGUCUCCCAUUUGACUGUCUUUACAACUUGUGAAAUAAUGUCAGUGAUUAAGAGGAUGGGCUGGUACACAAGACAUUGCUAACAUCCAGCAGUGUAUGUGGGAAUACAUAAUUGUGUUAUAUUAUUGCAUCUGUGUGGGCCUGCAUUAUGUACACCACUUAGCUCUGCAGUGUUCAGUCUGUUGAAUUAUGACAUACCAGGCAAAUGAUAAAAGGAUACUUGCAGCAAGAUGAGACCAUUCUUAGUAUGAUGAAUUGCCUACACUAAGCUCUAAGUACAUGAGGGUAAAUCAAACUUAUAAUGUUCUCCUUUUCCUGUAGGCAUAUUUUUACCAAUAUUCACUCUACAUGUAGAGAGAUUAUCCUCUUUUGUAAUGGCUUCAACUGUACAACAUAUUGUUCAUGUUUUUUCCUGCAUUUAAAAAUGCAGUACAUACACAUGCAGUCAAACCAGUUUUUGUACUUUCACAUUUUUAUAUAAUUAAAUUACUAGUGUAAAAGCCAGGUUUGGAACAAUUACUUGUAUAUAGUGGAUGGAUUGAUAAAAGUAAACCGGAAUGGAGCAAACACUUUCUGGUAUAAGUAUCAAGCUAUUGUGGAAAACUCAAUGGAGAUUCCUUGAUGCUCAUAAGGGGCUCUUGAUAAAAGAAAUUGGACAUGUUCACCCCUUCCUUGGAUCAAACUUCAUUGAAUCCCAUAUCUCCAUGUGCUGUAUGAAUUCUGUGAGUUUAUAGCUUCCCCCUGAAUGGUGAUGAUGAUAACGUGAGAAAAAACUGAUAGUCCUUGCACAAGAUGGAGAAAAAUUUGGGUAAGCAAUUUUUACCAAAAUUUGGUGAAUGUUAAAAUUCAAGUAUUUGGGACUAUGAUGUAAUGCUUGCUCUGGAUCCAACGAAUUGAAGCUGUCCUCCCUUUCCUUGGAUCACAUCUGAUUACCUCCCAUUUCCCAAGGCUCUGUAUAAUUCCUACGGGUUUAUUACUCCCUAUGAACAAAAUACAUAUAUUUGUAAAAGAGAGUCAGCAUAUUUCUAUAUUUAUUAUUUUUUUUUGUGUGUGUGUGUGUGUGUAUUACAGUAGUUUAUUUGGUAGUUUAACCCAACAAUAGAUUUUAAUUACAAAAUUUAAACAAUUUCUCCAUAUGUUUGCUCAGUCUGUCAUUCAUAUCUGUAUAAAAAAAAACACGUUUUCUGUGUUGUUGGGGCUGAUGAGGGUCAUAUCAGUGAGGAAAUAUUCCUCAUAUCUGGGCAGAAGUAUUAAAAGGAAUAUGUUCAGAGACAGGAAAGGUAAACCCACUAAAAUCUGGGCAGAGUGAGACACAGACAGGCACGUGCAUGCACACACACAAAUCCAAGUGUGGCUUUCAGGAAUGUCAACAAAGUCUUACUGGGCACUUUACAUAACAAAUGUCAGGCUCAUCUUGGGGGAUGUAUCACCAGUAUGGAACCCCCACCUGAGGAAGUGUGUUAAAAACUGAAGAAAGUGGAGAAGUAUGCAGUAAGGCCUGUUCCUGAGUUGAGAGGAAUGAACUGAGGAGAGGCUAAUGGAAUGGAGUCUAACGACAUUGGAGGAUAUAAGAACCAGGGGAGAUAAGAAAACACAAAAUACUAAGGGAAAUCGAUAGGGUAGAUAGGGACAGGUUGUUUGAGAGGUGAGAAAUGAGUACUCUUGGACACGGCUGGAAGUUGACACAGAUGAGCCACAGGGCUGUCAGGAAGUAUUUCUUUAGUGUCAAGGUGGAAUGAUCUCAGUGAAGUGGUGGAGGCAGGUUCCAUAUGUAGUUUCAAGAGCAGGUACAGUAGGGCCCACAAGGCUAGGAGGGAGUGAAUCUUGGCAAGUGAUAAGAGGCAGGGCCAGGAGCUGAGACACAACCCCUGCAGCCACAUUAAUAGACGAGUGUGUGAGCAUGCACAUGCACAUGCGCGCAUACUAACAAUCACUUAACUGCUUUCCAUUCAAGCCUUACAAAAAUUCACAUUGUAGAAGUAAGGAGCUGGUAUUUGGCACCCCAUUCCAUGUGCUGAACUAGCUCAGUAUAGGUAGGAUAAGCAUCCCGAGAAAUGAACAGGAAAAACUUGCUAGCAGUGCUCAGGGCAGAGCAAGAUUUUUAUGCAUUUGGAUCAAGUUUACAGCACAACGGUGUUCUAGCAAUUGAGGGAAAUCAUAUAUCUCUUGUGAUUAACCCUUUCAGGGUCCGUGCCUUAGUUCUAUGGCUUUGAGUUGAGGAUCCAAACUGUAGAUCUACGCCAUGAGCUCAGCUCACUCUGAUAAGCUGUGAGUGGUAAAUUUGGGCCUAGAUAUGAGAGAAUACAUCUAUGUGGUAUGUGUGCACCACAUAAAACAAAUCCUGCAGCACAGUGCAUAAUGAGAGAAAAAAAAAAAAAGAGACCAUAAUUUUCAAUUAAAACGGCAACUUUGCGAUUUCUAUGCCGGGGGCAGGGGGCUGGUAACCCCUUCUCUUGUAUAAAUUACUAAAUUUAAAAAGGGAAACUUUCGUUUUUCUUUUUGGGCCACCCUACCUUGGUGGGAUACGGCCGGUUUGUUGAAAAAAAAAAUUACGAUUUCUUGAUCUCAUUUGAUAGAAUGGAAGAUAUAUUACAGAAAUAGAGAUGAUUUUGAUUGGUUUUAGUAUGGAAAUGGCUUGAAACUGAGCUCAAAGUAGUGGAAAUGUUAAAUUUCUGCCGAUGUUCAAGAGUAAACAAAUGAUCUCACACGUCUAAUACACACCAGCUGGUGGGUCUAAUAUAUGUUCACAAAUGUGGUGAUAUUAUUUAUACAAUUAUUACAGUGUUGCAUUACAGUAAAUCUUUUAAUUUUUGGUUUGAAUAAAAAUUCAUUAUGUGAAUAAAAAAUCAAAAUGAAAUUCAUUUGUAAAACCUGAAAACAUAACUAAUGAACAGAGGAAAUGUUAGUUUAGUAUCAGGAAUGCCUGCAUUGUUUAUUCUGGACCCUAUUUUGAAAUUUGAAUAUAUUUUGAACUUUGCGUUCAGUUGGCCAAAUUACCAAUUUCCGAUCACUUUAUUUUGUGGUUGAAACGGUUGACUUGGCAAUUUCUUGUGCUCAAUCGAUAGAAUAGUAGUAAUACUAGUGAAAUAGCCAAGAAUUUGGUCGACUGGAAUAAUGUAAUUGGCCUAAAAUGGGAGUCAAAGUCGGCAAAAUUGCUGAUGUGUAAAUAUCUCUGACACAUCAAAAUUCGCAAGAGCAUAAUUUCGUCAAUUUUCCAUCAAAUUUCGUACUUUUUUUUAUUAACUUCAGAAAAAUAUUCUCUACCAUUUCAUAAGAAAAAAUAACAAAAUUAUUUUUUGAAAGUUCUUGGACCCUGAUUCACACUUUGAAAUUUGGCCUCUGGACCCUGAAAGAGUUAAAAUUGUUUAAAUUUUUACCUUAAUUAACAAGGUACUAUAGUUCAUCCCAGUGGAAUUUAAUGUCCUCUUUUCUGUAUUGUGACUCAGAAUCUCAUUUGAAAUAUCAAAAGAUUAAACAAAUUUGAUUUUUUUAGAAGCCAUUUCUAUGAUAUACAUGUAUACUACUUAUUUCCUCAUUGGCUCUAAUAAUUUUACAGUGUUACUUACUGAUUUAUACAUUAAUUAACAUUUUCUUUUUUUGUAUAUACUGCUGAUUUCCUCAAUGGCUCUAAUAAUUUUACAUUGUUACUGAUUUGUACAUUAAGUAACAUUUUCUUGUUUUGUAUUCUUUCCAUAUUUAAAAAUACAUUAAUUUGUAGAAUUGUGCAUUAAUAAGAUAAUUUUUUUAUUUUAAGUGAGUUUUCCAUGACAUGCAAAAACAAAAUUCAACAUUUUCUUAUUAAAAGCUGAAUAAUACUCCCCUUGGUGUUCAUUAACACCCAACUUUGUUUCAUUCAAAGUUUGGGAUUUGUCCCAAUGUACAAAAAUAUUCUGUAUGAAGUGUUUAUUAGUCGAUUUAAAUAUUCUUAUCAAUUUCUUAAUUGCUUUUCUGAUAAUUGGCUGAUUACAAUGAAAUAUUAGGAGUCUGCUCUCCUAGGGCAGUUCUAAAAAUCACUUAGACUUAGUUUAUUGUAAUUUAAGUCAAGUAUUUUGGUCAGUAGUUAUCUUAAACAAUACAGUGGCUAUGAAAGACAGUAAAAUAGGAUAUUUUGAGCAUGACCAAGUUUAAAUUAUUGCUGUGCUAUAAUACUGAAGUAUUUUAACAGUCACAUGUAAUAAAAUUAAUGAUAUUGCAAAAUGAAGUUCCUUGUACUGUAUAUCUUGUUAUUUUAGUCUUUCAGUUUAGUAAAGUGUUUAGUUCAAGAAUUUUUUUAUUUGAACAAAACAUUUGUUAAAUAUCUGCUAAGCACUAUCAAAUAAAUAAAUAUAUAUAUAUAUAUUUUUUUUUUCAACAAGUCGGUCGUCUCCCACCGAGGCAGGGUGACCCAAAAAAGAAAGAAAAUCCCCAAAAAGAAAAUACUUUCAUCAUCAUCCAACACUUUCACCACACUCACACAUUAUCACUGUUUUUGCAAAGGUGCUCAGAAUACAACAGUUUAGAAACAUAUAUGUAUAAAGAUACACAACAUAUCCCUCCAAACUGCCAAUAUCCCUAACCCCUCCUUUAAAGUGCAGGCAUUGUACUUCCCAUUUCCAGGACUCCAGUCCGACUAUAUGAAAAUAACCGGUUUCCCUGAAUCCCUUCACUAAAUAUUACCCUGCUCACACUCCAACAGAUCGUCAGGUCCCAAGUACCAUUCGUCUCCAUUCACUCCUAUCUAACACGCUCACGCACGCUUGCUGGAAGUCCAAGCCCCUCGCCCACAAAACCACCUUUACCCCCUCUCUCCAACCCUUUCGAGGACAACCCCUACCCCGCCUUCCUUCCCCUGUAGAUUUAUGUGCUUUCCAUGUCAUUCUACUUUGAUCCAUUCUCUCUAAAUGACCAACCCACCACAACAACCACUCUUCUGCCCUCUGACUAAUACUUUUAUUAACUCCACACCUUUUCCUAAUUUCCACACUGCGAAUUUUCUGCAUAAUAUUUACACCACACAUUGCCCUUAGACAGGACAUCUCCACUGCCUCCAACCGUCUCCUCGCUGCUGCAUUUACCACCCAAGCUUCACAUCCAUAUAAGAGUGUUGGUACUACUAUACUUUCAUACAUUCCCUUCUUUGCCUCCAUAGAUAAUGUUUUUUCGACUCCACAUAUACCUCAACGCACCACUCACCUUUUUUCCCUCAUCAAUUCUAUGAUUAACCUCACCCUUCAUAAAUCCAUCCGCCGACACUUCAACUCCCAAGUAUCUGAAAACAUUCACUUCUUCCAUACUCCUACUCCCCAAUUUGAUAUCCAAUUUUUCUUUAUCUAAAUCAUUUGAUACCCUCAUCACCUUACUCUUUUCUAUGUUCACUUUCAACUUUCUACCUUUACACACAUUCCCAAACUCGUCCACUAACCUUUGCAAUUUUUCUUUAGAAUCUCCCAUAAGCACAGUAUCAUCAGCAAAAAGUAACUGUGUCAAUUCCCAUUUUGAAUUUGAUUACCCAUAAUUUAAUCCCACCCCUCUCCCGAACACCCUAGCAUUUACUUCUUUUACAACCCAUCUAUAAAUAUAUUAAACAACCAUGGUGACAUUACACAUCCCUGUCUAAGACCUACUUUUACCGGGAAGUAGUCUCCCUCUCUUCUACACACCCUAACCUGAGCCUCACUAUCCUCAUAAAAACUCUUUACAGCAUUUAGUAACUUACCACCUAUUCCAUAUAUACUUGCAACAUCUGCCACAUUGCUCCCCUAUCCACUCUAUCAUAUGCCUUUUCUAAAUCCAUAAAUGCAAUAAAAACUUCCCUACCUUUAUCUAAAUACUGUUCACAUAUUUGCUUCAAUGUAAACACUUGAUCUACACAUCCCCUACCCACUCUGAAACCUCCUUGCUCAUCCGUAAUCCUACAUUCUGUCUUGCCUCUAAUUCUUUCAAUAAUAACCCUACCGUACACUUUUCCUGGUAUACUCAGUAAACUUAUUCUUCUAUAAUUUUUACAAUCUCUUUUGUCCCCCUUCCCUUUAUAUAAAGGGACUAUACAAGCUCUCCGCCAAUCCCUAGGUACCUUCCCCUCUUUCAUACAUUUAUUAAACAAAAGUACCAACCUCUCCAACACUAUAUCUCCCCCUGCUUUUAACAUUUCUGUCAUGAUCUCAUCAGUUCCAGCUACUUUACCCCCUUUCAUUCUAUGUAAUGCCUCACGUACCUCCCCCACACUUACAUUCUGCUCUUCUUCACUCCUAAAAGAUGGUAUACCUCCCUGUCCAGUGCAUGAAAUUACCGCCUCCCUUUCUUCCUCAACAUUUAAAAGUUCCUCAAAAUAUUCUCGCCAUCUACCUAACUCCCUCUCCCCAUCUACUAACUCCCCUACUCUGUUUUUAACUGACAAAUCCAUACGCUCCCUAGGCUUUCUUAACUUGUUUAACUCAUUCCAAAAUUUUUUCUUAUUUUCAUUAAAAUUUCUUGACAGUGCCUCUCCCACUCUAUCAUCUGCUCUCCUUUUGCACUCUCUCACCACUCUCUUCACCUUUCUUUUACUCUCCAUAUACUCUGCUCUUCUUAUAACACUUCUGCUUUGUAAAAACCUCUCAUAAGCUAACUUUUUCUCUUUUAUCACACCCUUUACUUCAUCAUUCCACCAAUCACUCCUCUUUCCCCCUGCCCCCACCCUCCUAUAACCACAAACUUCUGCCCCACAUUCUAAUACUGCAUUUUUAAAACUCGUCCAACCCUCUUCAACGUCCCCACUACUCAUCUUUGCACUAGCCCACCUUUCUGCCAAUAGUCGAUUAUAUCUCACCCGAACUUCCUCCUCCCUUAGUUUAUACACUUUCACUUCCCUCCUACUUGUUGCCACCUUCCUCUUUUCCCAUCUACCUCGUACUCUAACUGUAGCUACAACUAAAUAAUGAUCUGAUAUAUCAGUUGAACCUCUAUAAACAUGUAUAUCCUGGAGCCUACCCAUCAACCUUUUAUCCACCAAUACAUAAUCUAACAAACUACUUUCAUUACAUGCUACAUCAUACCUUGUAUAUUUAUUUAUCCUCUUUUUCAUAAAAUAUGUGUUACUUAUUACCAUAUCUCUUUUUACGCAUAACUCAAUUAAAGGCUCCCCAUUUACAUUUACCCCUGGCACCCCAAAUUUACCUACUACUCCCUCCACAACAUUUUUACCCACUUUAGCAUUGAAAUCCCCAACCACAAGUACUCUCACACUUGGUUCAAAACUCCCCACGCUUAACUCAACAUUUCCCUAAAUCUCUCUCUCUCCUCUACACUUCUUUCUUCUCCAGGUGCAUAUACGCUUACUAUAACCCACUUUUCACAUCCAACCUUUAUUUUACUCCACAUAAUCCACAUUAUUAUUAGCAGUUUGGAGGGAUGUGUUGUGUAUCUUUAUACGUAUAUGCUUCUAAACUGUUGUGUUCUGAGCACCUCUGCAAAAACAGUGAUUAUGUGUGAGUGAGGUGAAAAUUUUGAAUGAUGAUGAAAGUAUUUUCUUUUUGGGGAUUUUCUUUCUUUUUGGGUCACCCUGCCUCGGUGGGAGACGGCCGACUUGUUGAAAAAAAUAUAUAUAUAUAUGUCGUGCCGAAUAUGUAAAACUGGCCAAUUAGCAAGAGCUCAUUUAAAAUUAAGUCCUUUCUGAAAUUUUCUCUUAUGAGUUUAAAGAUAUAUUUUUUUCAUUAAUGUUGAUGUAAAAAUUUAUAAUUUUGCACCAAAAGGACUUAGAAAACUUACCUAACCUUAUUAUAACAAGAACAAUUUAUUUUAGCCUAACCCAACUAAAUAUAUUUUAGAUUUGUUUACAAUAAUUUAAUACUAAACAAACACAGUGUAAUAUAUUUUUUUCGUUAGGUUCAGAAUGAUUUUGGCGAAAUUAUUGCAUACACAAAUUUUCACUUGUCCUAUAUGGCAAGAUGAGCGUUGCUAUUUAAGCCAAGAUCACAAGUUCUGCCUAUU